AUGGUGAUGAUGAAACUUGUAAAGUGGGUUUCCUUUGUUCUUGUUGUUUAUUUGUUUUUGGUGAAUGGUUCAUUUGCUACAUUCACUCCUCGUGAUAAUUAUCUAAUUACUUGUGGUUCCUCCCAAAGCAUCACUUUCCAAGAUCGCACUUUCGUUCCUGAUUCACAGCAUUCUUCACCGGAGUUGAAAACAUCGAAUUCUGCUAUUGCUAGUUCAAAUUCUAGUGUCCCUUUCCCAAUAUACCAAUCAGCUAGGAUUUUCACUGAGAAAGCUUCUUAUAGUUUUACGGUUGAGGAAGGUAGGCACUGGCUCAGGCUAUAUUUUUCUCCUCUUCCCAACUCAGCCUAUAAUUUGACUGCUGCUGUUAUAUCAGUGGUCACUGAUGAUUUUGUUCUCUUAUACAACUUCUCCUUUAGGAAUUACAAUGGUUCAUAUAUGUUUAGGGAGUAUGCCAUCAAUGUAACCUCUGAGACCUUAACUGUCACCUUCAUUCCUUCUAAUGGUUCAGUAGCUUUUGUCAAUGCAAUUGAAGUUGUUUCAAUGCCAAAUGACUUGUUUGUUGAUCAGGCAUUGGCUCUUAACCCAACUGCACCAUUCAAUGGCCUUUCUGAACUAGCUUUUGAGACUGUUUAUCGCUUAAACGUAGGAGGUCCCUUGCUCACGCCCCAGAAUGACACCCUGGGAAGGACUUGGGAGAAUGAUAAGAAAUACCUCCAUGUGAAUAGUUCAGUCACCAAUGUGUCUGUUAACCCUUCCAGCAUUAAGUAUCAUCCCGGUGUUACACCUGAGACGGCACCGAAUUGGGUCUAUGCCACUUCUGAAGCAAUGGGGGAUGCAAAUGUAGCCAAUUCAAAUUUCAACAUUACUUGGGUCUUUACUGUGGAUCCAAACUUCUCCUAUUUUAUCCGCGUGCACUUUUGUGAUAUUAUUAGCAAGUCUCUCAACACUUUAGUUUUCAAUUUGUUCAUAAAUACUGACAUAGCUCUUGGAAGCCUUGACCUCUCAUCCAUAACUAAUGAUUUGUCUGUGCCUUACUAUAAAGACUUUAUUUCCAAUGCCUCAGCAGACUCCAACAUUUUGACAGUAAGUGUAGGUCCUGAUACAAUGGCAGGUAUCACAAAUGCCACUAUGAAUGGACUGGAGGUUAUAAAGAUCAGCAAUGCAUUCAAGAGCUUGGAUGGACUUUCUUCGGUUGAGAGUCUCCUUCCUAGUUCGUCAUCAAGUAAAAGCAAGAUGGGAAUAAUAGUUGGUUCUUCUAUUGGAGUUGUGGCUGCCAUAGCUUUGGUUGGUUUGUGUUAUUGUUGCUUGGUGAGAUACAAAUCGAAGUCUACUCAGCAGGGUCAUUCUUGGCUGCCUUUACCCUUAUAUGGAAACUCUCAGACCAUGACAAAAAUGUCAACAACUUCUCAGAAGAGUGCAACUGCAAGCUGCAUUUCUUUAGCUUCAUCAAAUCUCGGACGGUUCUUCACUUUCCAAGAGAUCCUAGAUGCAACCAACAAGUUUGAUGAGAAGCUGCUUCUUGGUGUUGGUGGCUUUGGCAGGGUUUAUAAAGGAACACUUGAAGAUGGGACCAAUGUAGCUGUUAAAAGGGGAAACCCCAGAUCCGAGCAAGGUCUUGCCGAAUUCCGAACAGAAAUUGAGAUGUUAUCCAAGUUACGCCAUCGUCAUCUUGUGUCCCUUAUUGGCUAUUGUGAUGAGAGAUCUGAAAUGGUUCUUGUGUACGAAUACAUGGCUAAUGGACCUCUCAGGAGUCAUUUGUAUGGAACUGACCUACCACCUCUAUCAUGGAAACAACGGCUUGAAAUUUGCAUUGGAGCAUCAAGAGGUCUUCAUUAUCUCCACACUGGAGCAUCUCAAAGCAUAAUUCAUCGCGAUGUAAAGACAACUAACAUCCUUUUAGAUGAUAACUUUGUUGCUAAGGUUGCUGACUUUGGCCUCUCCAAAACUGGUCCUGCUCUUGAUCAGACUCAUGUGAGCACUGCUGUUAAAGGUAGUUUCGGUUAUCUGGAUCCUGAAUACUUCAGAAGGCAACAACUUACAGAGAAAUCAGAUGUAUAUUCAUUUGGAGUAGUUUUGAUGGAAGUGUUAUGCACAAGACCUGCCUUGAACCCUGUCCUUCCAAGGGAGCAGGUUAACAUAGCUGAGUGGGCAAUGAGCUGGCAGAAGAAAGGAAUGCUUGAUCAAAUCAUGGAUCAGAAUCUGGUGGGGAAAGUCAAUCCUGCUUCUCUUAAGAAGUUUGGGGAAACAGCUGAGAAGUGCUUGGCCGAGUAUGGAGUGGAUAGGCCUUCUAUGGGCGAUGUCUUGUGGAAUCUUGAAUAUGCUUUGCAGCUUCAAGAGACCUCAUCAGCACUCAUGGAGCCUGAAGAUAACAGCACAAACCAUAUUACUGGAAUUCAGUUGACUCCCCUUGAGCCUUUUGAUAACAGUGUUAGUAUGAUUGGUGGGGGCAACUCUUUCACAGAUGAUGAUGCAGAAGAUGCUGCUACAAGUGCAGUGUUUUCACAAUUGGUUAAUCCUCGCGGAAGAUGA